AUGGCAAUUGCUGUCACAGCUGGAACGGGUGCCGAUGGUAUCGCAACUCCUGGAAGUUCAGGAAUCACGGUCCUCAUCAUUGGCUGUGGGUUUGGCGGGAUCGCAGCAGCCAUAGAAUGCUAUCACAAAGGCCAUAAGGUUGUGGUAUUUGAGAAAAACUUGGAAAUAGGUGGACUGGGGGAUACUCUUGGAAUUUCGCAAAAUGGCACUCUCCCCAUCUAUAAGUGGGACAAUGGCAAAGUCCAACAGAAAGCCGCUGAAAUCUGCUGCAACUACGCCACGCACAAGAUCCAUAACAGCCAGGGAGAAAUGCUGUUGAGUCACCCGAUGAAGGGCUACUCUGCCGGGUCGGGGUACACUGGGCGACGGGGCGAUCUGUUGUUGUGCAUGUUUGAAUACUUCCAGAAGCUCGGGAUUGAGCUACAUCUGAACACCAAUGUCAAAGAGUUUUUUGAGACAGAUUCCUCUGCUGGCGUUAUCGUUAACGGUCAGCGGUGGGAAGCAGAUGCUGUGAUCUGUGCAGAUGGCGUUCAUUCCGCAGGGCGUCAUUUUGUGCUGGGCAAGGAAGACCUUCCCCGCCCUAGCGGGUAUGCCAUCUAUCGAGCCUGGUUUGUUCCAGAGCCAUCGCUGCGUGAAAACCCGGCAACAUCCUGGAUUCCGCUGCCCGGCGACGAGGACACGGUUAUGAACUUCAUUGGUUCCAACGUGCACACUCUUAUUGCAACAGUCAAACGCAACACGGGCAUUACUUGGGUUCUCACACAUCCUGACGAGUAUGAUAUCGAAGAAUCAUGGACUCACCCUGCCAAGCUUGAGGAUGCGCUCAAAGUGGUGGAAGGUUGGGAUCCAAGAAUAGCGGAGGUUUACAAAAUCACGCCUCCCGAUCAGUUGUUCGAUCACAAAAUAAUCUACCGAGAUCCCCUUCCAACCUGGGUCUCUUCCAAGGGCCGUGUAAUUCUGAUAGGCGAUGCCGCGCAUUCAUAUAUCCCCACAUCUGCCCAGGGAGCAACUCAAGCUGUUGAGGAUGCUGCCACAAUCGCAAUCAUGUUGGAGCUCGCGGGUAAAUCACAGGUGCCCCUCGCUUUGCGUACUAUGGAGAAAAUGAGAUACGAGCGGUGCAAGAUUGGGCAGUUGAUGGGUCUAGAGACUCGAGAUAUUUGGGUCAAAACUGAUUGGGACGCAGUGAGGAAAGACCCGCAGCUUCUUGCUCAACCUCGGCCUAACUGGUUGCUCAACCAUGACCCCCAGGCCUACGCAUACGAAGAGUUUGAAACUGCAGCCAAUUCAGUUCUUACUGGGUGCUCGUAUACGCCGAGAAACAUACCGUGCGAAGGUUCCAACCACCGCGCAACGGAUUUCGAGGAUGAAAGAUGGGCUAAUGGGCCCAAGGACAGCCAAGAUAUUGGCGUCAAGCUGUGA